UCCAUUCAGUGAUCCAUAGCAUUAGAAGGAAAAUAAGUGUUAAGAUCAGUAGUAAGUCAAGUUCAGUCGCGGUAAAAUUAUGAACAUGUCACAAGCUAAAACCGGGUUUCUUUGGCUCUCCAACCCACCCUACGAUCUUCAGAAACACAAGCUACGUGUUGUUGCCUAUACUGGGAUGUCUGAUCCCUUCGUUGUGUUUUAUAACGAAGCUACGUCUGUGUGGAAAAAACCUUGUGCUGUACUCCGACUGCUACACGAGUGUAGAGUACAAGAGAAUAAAGAUCUAAGCUUCGUUGUCACUCCUAUGGGAGAGAGAAUUGGUAAUGGACCCACGUCACUGACGUUUACUGCUCAAAAUGAACAAGAAAAAGACGAAUGGGUUCGGAUUUUUAAAGACUUCCAAAAAGAGCCAAGAGGGCUGAAAAACUUUACUGAACGAAAAAAGAGUUYACCUUGCGUGCCCAAACUGGCAGCCAUUGAGGAAAUAGAAGAAAGCUGGGAACAAAGAAAGCGAAAGAGAAGUUUGAUACUAGCAUGAGAUGUAUUGUAUGGCGUCUUUCACUAGAAACUGAAAAUAAUACAAAACAUCACGUACGAGUGACGGUGGUUCGCGUCAGGUCUUAAGGGUGUCAAUGUGAGCAAACGAAACUAAAUCUAGUAUUACGAGAUACAAUUAAGGCACCUACAGAACUAAAACUUGCUGCAAGUGGUUAAACAGRAAUCAUCAAAGAAGGCAUUGGUAAAGAGAUGAUAUUACCACAUCACGUACUCAUCCGCGUGGAAGGUUGUUGUGUGACUCACUGCCAAGCACUCGAAUCUUCYACAGUGUGAAAGAACUUUUAAACAAUCCAGAAAGCACGAGCAAAAAUGUACAAUCAAACGGUCAUGAAACAUUUUUCUUGUUGAAUUUUUGUAAAUGUUUUUGGUUCGAAAAUUUGGAAAGAGUUAGUUGAAUCUUUUCCAAUAAAGAGACACUCAGUUAUGCAAACCACUCGUGACCCUGAUUUUGUAGACAAUUUAGUUUCGAGCGGUGAGUCAUUAACCAAAUAUGUAAAUUUAGUCAUCAAUAUUUUUGCAGACAAAGAAUUAAGGAUUAUUUAUYGAAUUGUACAUAGCUUAACUUGUCAAUAUUUGAAUGUAAAUACUUAUCAGAGUAUCAUUGUGAAAGUUGUGGAUWAAAAUUAUAUUUUUAUAAAAGACUUACGGCAUUGUCUAGUGUCAAUUCAUGGCUCUUAUCAGAGUUCUUAUUAUGAAAGGUAACCUCGGUUGAACUGAUGUCGAUGGAUAUCACGAUGUAAAGUUAUAAGAACAAACGUGGAAAGAUGUCUGGUCUCUAUUGUCUGGAAUAGCAAAAAAGGACAGUUUGUUCGCUCGACUGCUAAGUUUGACAAAAUGUUAAAAGAAACACAACGUCAGUUUGAUGGGCGUCAGUGCCAUCAGUGUACCAUCUGGACUAUCUUGUCUCAUAGAACCGCUGGAUCACAAACCGUACCAAGUGACAAUAUGUCUUGACGACUGACUAAAAGUACAAUUGAAUGACCUGGUUAAAUAUGAAAUAUUGGUAUUGCAUARUACAAAACAGCCAAUAAAUAGUUGUUGUAUACUCGUGAA